AUGAAGGAGCUCCUUCUCGAUCAGGCCUGUUCCUCGUGGGAGCAUGCUGAUAGCGAGUGCAUCCGCGUGUCAUUCCAGAGAGCGCGCCAAGCUGUGGCUGCCGAGUUGGCAGAGGCUGCUGAGGUGGAGUGUGCGUGGCGUGGGUCGCAUUGCAUGACAGGCGAGCAAGCCUUCCGCCUCCGCCGCUCCAGCUUGGCGCGUCUCCGUACGCACUCCGUUGAGCUGCCCGCUGCGCCCGUGCGCCAGAAGCAGUGCAAGAGACCGCGAGAGGCGGUGCCAGCGCGUGCAGUGAGCGCAGGGAGUGCUGCAACUGCUCCAGAUCUGUCCCAUGGAGCGAGCCGCUGCACUGUGUAG